CCAGCCACGGCCGCUCCGCUUCUCCCGUUGCAGCGGGCGGGGCGGCCACACCGCGGCGCGCCCCUUGAAAGCUCCCAGCCGUGCAAAGCGGGGGGGGGGGGCGGUGACCCCGCCUGUGGCUCCCCAGGCGCGAGAGCCCCGUGGGGGGAAGCAGGGAGAAGCCCCCAAGGGGCGGGGACAGGGCUCGAGGUCUCAGGACGCGGGGAAGGCGCCGGGGCACCGCGGGUGACCCGGGGGCUCUAGCCGUUGUCCUGGCUCCGCUUCCGGAGCGAAGCGGGCCUUGCUGCCUGCCUGGGAGGGGGCAAAAGGGCCCGAGCAGGGGCGUGGGAGGGGUGCGGCCGCUGCCCAGGGCUGGGCUCCCGAGGCUGGGGGCCAGGUCGCUCCGCGGGGCGAGCACAGAGCUCCCGGCGGCGGCGGCGGCGGCGGCGGCGGGGCUGCUGAGUCCGCGUCCGGCUCUCGCGGCUGCCCAAGGCGCCUGCAGACGCCCGGGCCGCCUUGGGAUCGCAGCCCUCCCGUGCCCUGUCCCGCGGACAGCAGCGAGGGGAGCAGGGCGAAUUGAGGCUGUUGCCAGCCCUCGGGAGACCACUCAGCAGCCGGGGCCAACGGGGGGAUGGGGGCUGCUCGGGACAGGGCCUUCCCCGCGGCUGGCCUGCAUCCGGCUUUGCUGGCUCAGCCGGGGCCAGGCUCGUGCCCUGCCCUGCUCCGGCCCCGGCCCCGGCCCCGGCCCGGCAUUUAUUUCCCACAUGACUGGCGGGCGGCGGGCGGCGGGCGGCGUCUUUAAUGCUAGAGCCCGCGGCGCCGGGCCCCCCCGCCAGGCGUCAGCAGAGCGGCCGUCAGGGUUCCCGGCCCCGCCGCUGUGUGCGCGGCCCCCCGCGGAGUCGGCCAAACGCCGCGGGCCCCUGUCUCCCGAGCGGCGAGCCCAGGCGCCGUGCGCCGGCGGCUCGUUACCCCUUCGGGGUUCACUCCUCCUCCGGCCUCCCUUCCCUCUCUCCCUCCCUAGAGCUCUCCCCAGCGUCCUCCAGCUCGGGAACACGCCUGCGGUACACCCCGGACUCAGCCACCAGCCCCAACACGGAGCCCCCAUCCCCACACCCUGCGAUCCGCCUGGGUGGGGUGGAAGGCGGGGGAGGGGUGAAGAAGGCCAAGAGCCGCACGGCCUUCUCCCAGGAGCAGCUGCAAACCCUGCACCAGCGAUUCCAGAGCCAGAAAUACCUCAGCCCCCAGCAGAUCCGGGAGCUGGGCUCAGCCCUGGGGCUCACAUACAAGCAGGUAAAAACAUGGUUUCAAAACCAACGAAUGAAGUUUAAACGAUGCCAGAAGGAAACUCAGUGGAUGGAAAAAGGGACAUGCCUAUCCCAAGCAGGUUACCUGGAUUUGAACCCCAGUUAUCACCAGGGUUGUCCAGUUAGUGCCAGCAGGAACAUCCAGACUGUGACCAAUGUGCAUCAGAACUAUGGUAGCAGCCAGACCUAUGGGAGUGGCCAGAGCCUGUACCCCUUCGUGGCUAUCGAGGAGGAGGGGUUCUUUGGGAAAGCUGGGGGAGCCUGCAGCACCCAGCAGGCAAUGGGCUUCUUCAGCCAGCAAAAGAUGAACUUUUAUCAUGGCUUCCCUGCGAACAUGGAUUAUGCCAGCAUGGAGACAGAAGAUGGCUACCACUUCCAGAAUGCCUCUGUCAAUGCAACGUCCUUCCCGGGCACAGCUGGGUGCCAGCAGUACCAGCCAGCAUGGCACCCUCAAGGGACGCAAAGCAAUUAUAACUCUUAGACCUAUCCUUUUUCUUUCCCUCUCCCAUGCUUUCUUCCGUUUCUCUUAUCCAGCCUCUCCGUUCUUUAGGACCCUGAUAUUGACUCCUGAGAUGUGUGGAGUCCCCCAGCUCCCACUGACUCCAGUGGAGGGGCUUGGCACCUCCUUGCAGGAUGGUUGUGGUCUCUCUCUCCUUCUCUUCUUUAAGAGGCACCUGUCUGUGUCUGACUCAAGAGGUGUGCUGCAUGGCUCUGAAGCUGGCUUUCCUCAUAUUGACCCUGGCUGGCUCCAGGAAGAGGCUCUGUAUGUGUAUGGAAAGCCAUGUUCAUGCAGGGAAGUGUGUGAAUGUUGGAACUGGAGAUGAUAGAGUCUGCACCAGUGAAUCCUUUCCCUACCCUAGUGUCCCCAGUACAGCAGUGUCCCCUCUGUAGACCCUUUCCAGGGUUUGGUCCAGUCCAUGUUUGAAAUUAACUGAUUUCAAUUACAACACAGCUUACAAAGUGUACAGUGCUCAUUUUAUAAUAUUUUAAUUGCAAAUAUUUGCACUGUAAAAAAAUAAACAAAACCCAAGCAUGGGGUUUUCCCUGGGUAAGGUUCUUCCACCCUUCAGCAGAUCCCUCACUGUUAGAAAAUGGUCCUGAUUAUGCAACCUGAAAUUUUCCCCCUUUGUGUGUUCCCUCCCUCCACCAGCCAACCUCCAUAACAUUUGAACAUCUAAUACAUCCUUCAACAGGGGACACUCUCCAGCCCCGACCAGGGGCUAGAUUUGGUCAUCUAAUCUUUAAAAAAAAAUUCUCAGAUUUAUGAUUGUAAAUAACUGCAAUCCCUUUUUAAUUAGGACCUGAAUAUCUACUAAACAGUGACAAGAGACUGCCCAAUCCUCAGAUGGUGCAAAGCAGCAUAGCUUCAUCGACCUUACCAUUUGCACCGGCUAAGCAUCUGGACCACCACGGGGGUGAAUGGAAUUCAGAUUCUAAUUUCAAUUCAUUGUGUAAUUAAGAGAAAGAGAGAAAGGAGAUCGAGAAAGAGGAGUAGAGGAAGGAAAAGGGGAGGGAUAGAAAGAUGGAGAAAGUACAACAUAAGCAAAUGUGGUGGAUUAGGUUAAUAUCCUAAUCCAAGAAAAUUACUUGUAGUGUUUACAAAGUGGCUAACUGUGUCAGUCUGUUUAGGGUGUGCCCAAAUUUCAUUCUAACUGUUCUCCCUCCACAUCUCCCCUGCCCUACUCUGCCGGCAGGCUCCCAGCCCAACAUGACCCUGGCUGUGGCAUCGCAAGUCAUCAGCACUGUGAGAGCAACCGAUAUCUUCAGGUAUCCAUCUGAUUCUCUUAUAGUAAUAAUAAUAAUAUCUAUACAUGAAGGAUCCCAUAGCACUUCACAAAUUACAAACACAGCACCCCGGAAUGAGGCCACUCUGCGGUGGAAGGUGGCAGCCAGGCAAAAAUAUUCUAGUUAUUUCAAACCUGAUGCUUAGAUCACUUAACCUAGAAAUUAGAGAUGGUGGAUAAAACCAUUAGAUCCUAUCUAUCCCAUUCUUCCAGGGCCAGUGCAGGAUUGUUCCCUACUGUUUCUUCUCCAAUUGUAGUUUGAAGUGACUCUGUUAAUGGGGCUUCCCUCACUUUCCUUGGGGAGACAUUGCCACAGGCUAAUUAGAUUACUUACCUAUUUCUGUAUUUAAAGUGGGAUGCUGUCAGCUUCUCCUGGACUCAGUGUUUAAGCUUUGUGGGGAGGAGGGGGGAAGUGAGAGGUGGGAAUUAUAAAAACCAAACCCCAACUUGCUAUAAAUACAAUUGUUUUAAUAAAUAUCUUUAAAUUUCAAUAAAAACAGGCUUUAAAAAAAUAAAUUGUCCCCUGCAGUGCUGUGGAACUUAAGGUCAUGCACAACUUGCAGCUUGUGAAACUGACUUAAAAAAGGAAGUGAAACGGACUAGUUCCACUGUCCCAAGCCAAGUGCAAAAGAGUAAACAAACGACAUCAAUGGUGAAAAAUGAAUGACAUGUUAAAGAUUUGUUUUGUUUGAAUAGCAGGUGGUGUUGGUAGUUUAUGUAGUAGUUUUUGUUGUUAAUGUAUGAUUUUUAUCUCAAUGCUAUCUUAACAUCUGCACAAGGGCAUUGUCCUACUUACAUUUUUAAUGCAAAGCAGAUAAUUGUUUGCUAUCAUGGAUUGCUGGGUAUAUUUUUUUUCUUUUUUUUUUUAAUAUGUUUUAAAAAAGACUUUUUACUUGCAAUGCAAUUUAACUGGUGUUUUGUUACGCUGCGUCUGUUUUAUCACUUUUUUUGUUUCUACCUAAUGUUUUUAUAAACUAAUGUUUUACAUUUGAAUGGAAAAAUAAACUGGAUUUAUUUUAAUGGGGUGUCAAUUCAGUGAUGUAAUAACUUCGCUUUCUUUCAUCCCGAAGGAUGAAAAGAGCUUUAUGGUGACAACUUCACCUACAGAGAUGAGGAAAAAGCAUUGAGUCUUGCCAACCCCAAAAGUUUAAAUAUCAUGAGUUGGGGCCCCCAAAAUCAUGAGAAUUUUCAAAAACAGUAAAUGUUUGGGUGCUUUUUCUUUGCUGGCUUCCGAGCCUUUAGGUUGAAUUCACUUCCUGUUUUCCAGCUUUGU